CUCUCCCUCCAGGACCUGCGGGGCAGCGUCGAGCGCCUCUGCGCGUUCCUGGGCCGGCCGCUGGGGGGCGCUGCGCUGGACGCGGUCGUGGCCAACGCCUCCUUCGCGGCCAUGAGCCGCAACCGGAUGAGCAACUUCAGCCUCUCCCCGCUCUUCAUCCUGGACCUGCGGAGGGGACCCUUCCUGCGCAAGGGGAUCUCCGGGGACUGGAAGAACCACCUGAGCCCGGAGCAGAGCUCCCGCUUCGACCGCGUGUACCGGGAGCGCAUGGCGGGGCUGGGGCUCUCCUUCCCCUGGGACCCCCCCCCCGAGGAGGAGCCCCCCGAGGACCAGGCCCCCCCCAGCUCCUCACAGGACCCCCCCCGAGCCCUGCCCCCCCCGCCAUGA